CCUUUCUCAGCGCCAUGGCCCGUAAGAAGCGCAGUUCGUCUGUCGAAUCUUCGUCAGAGGGUUCGGCUUACACCUAUGACUAUGAGACGGCUGAUGCCGAGUCUGGCUCGGGCUACUCGGGUGGAUACAGGAGCAACAAGACGAUGAUGCAGCUGCUGAAGGAGAACAAGCGUGCCAUCACCAAGUACACGUUCUACAUUCUCUUUCUGGCUGUGCUCGUGGUUGUGGUGAACAACACGCGGGCGUCGUGGCUUACGUACGAGUUCAACGAGCGGCUCCGGGAGCGGUUUGAGCUCCGCGCGUACUCGAUUGACGACGUUGAGGUGACGCUGGAUGAGCAGCGCGAUGCCAAGCAGAUGUACAUCUACAUGCGCGACUAUCUGCUGCCUGGUGUGUACGAGACAACGAAUGGGGCGGCGCCCAACACGUCACCGAAGACUACGACGAAUGAGUUUGGAACGAUCCUCCAGAACUUGCGGCGUGUGGGUGCGCCGCGGAUCCGGCAGCUGCGGAUGAAGAAGGACACGUGUGACAUCAAGAAGCGGUUCCAGUCGUUUGUGGACACGUGUGUCGGCCCGUUUGAGAAGAAGAAGCAGGACAAGGCGCCGUACGGCCCGGGCGGGGUCUUCACGUACUCUGCGGCGGAGGAUGAGAAGGUGCUUUGGAUCGAGCGGCGUGUGUACACUUCGGGUGGGUUCCUUGUGACGCUCGGCCCGGACCUUGCGUCGUCGGUGUCGAACGUGACGUACCUGAUGGAAAACGGAUUUGUUGAUGUGCAGACGCGGUUGAUUGACUUCCGCAUGGCGUGGUACAACCCGUACCUGGACACAGUGUCUGUGGUGACGAUUGCGUGGGAGUUCCUGGCGUCUGGCGGUGCGCGGCCGUUCUCGUCGUUCCACACCGUGGAGUUGAACGGGUUUGGCGCCGACCGGUCUGCUGCGUUUGAGAUCACGUUUGAGAUCUUCCUCUGGAUUAUGACAGCGAUUUUCAUUGCGCUUCAGAUCUACUCGCUCAUUCGGCAGGGCAAGAAGUACUUCCGGUCCGGGUGGAACUGGGUCAACGUUGUUCUUGUCAUCCUCCUCCUCCUCACGAUUGCCUUCCGCGUCGCGACAGUUGCGCUCGUGGAGGACUUUGAGUUUGUGGUCUCGGACUCGCAGUACGUCGACUUUUCCAAGAUUGAGUUUGCGUCGCUCAACGUGCGGCGGUGCCUGGCGAUUCUCAUUGUUAUGAUGUUCUUCCGCAUGUUCGAGUUCCUCGAGACGAACACCAAGCUCAACCAGCUGCUGCGGACGAUGCAGGAGUCCGGGUCGGACCUCGCGCUCUUCCUCAUUGUCAUCCUCAUUGUCAUCUUUGCCUUUGUCUUUUCGGCGCAGCUGCUGUUUGCCGAGUCUGUUGAAGGCUUUGCGCGGUUCUCGUUCACCCUCUCGCGGCUCUUCCGCUUUGCGCUGGGCGACUUUGACUACUCGGAGCUGACCCGCGCCGACUUUUCGCUCGGCCCGCUCUUCUUCUACGCCUUUAUCAUCAUUGUCUACCUCGUGCUCAUCAACCUCGGCCUGGCCAUCAUCCUCUCGGCGCACGAGAAGGUCAUGUCGUCGGUGGAGGAGCAGCGCUGGGCUGGCGCAGACCCAGGCCCGCUCACCGAGGCAUGGAUCAUUGUCAAGAACAAGUUCCGCAGCGUUGCCGGCCUCAAGCCGGUCCGUGUUGUCUCGGCCCGGCAGAAGGCCUUCUCCGAGGCCGAUGCCAACCAGGACGGCCUGCUCUCGGCCAAGGAGCUCAACAACUUUAUCAAGAAGCACCCCGAUCGUGCGCCCGACCUCCUUGGCAUCGACAACGCCAAGCAGCUCAUGGAGCGCUACGAUCCCCGGAACCCCGUUGCGUUCAACCGCGAGGAGGCCCGCGCCUUCUUCUCGGUCCUCGACGAGCGGCGCCAGCUUCUGGUCCUGCACGAGAAGAUCGUGCACCUUGCCGAUGCGCUCGGCGUGGACCAGCCGGACGAUGUUGUCGUUUCGACGUCGUCGUCCUAAGUCGAGAGCACUGUGUGCCCCCGCCCGACGCUUCGCCUCUCUCGCUUGUCCAAUCUCUCCGUCACAUCUCCCGCUCUCCGUCGAGCACGUGCUGUAUUCGGCCCGUGUGUUGAGUUGGGAGAGGCGAAGUUGUUGCGUGUGUAAAGUGCUCCAUGUAGA